AUGGAGCCGGCCGAGAGGUCCAAGAAGAGGCUGCAACCAUGGAUCGAAGCCGCCGUGCACUUCUCCCUCUGCUUCGCCGUCGGCGCCCUCGCCGCUCUCGCGCCGCUGGCCGCCACCGGCGCCCCGUCGGCCGCCUAUAUCCGCGCCUCGUUCAACAAUGCUCAGCGAGCGGUUGCGGCGGCGCCGGCUCCACCGCCUGUCCCGGACCUCGGCCUCCUGCUGGUCGUCACGGCCACGCGGCCCGACGGUGGGAUGGCGCAGGACGCGUCGCUGGCGCGGCUCGCGCACACGCUGCGGCACGUCGCCCCGCCGCUGCUCUGGAUCGUGGUGGGGGCAGAGAACAGGACGGCGACGGCGAGGGCGGUCCGGGUGCUGCGCGGCACCGGGGUCAUAUUCCGGCACCUCACCUACGACGCCAGCAACUUCACCGGCGCCGACGCCGACGCCGGCGACGAGGAGGACCACCAGAGGAACGUGGCGCUGGGCCACAUCGAGCGGCACCGGCUGAACGGAGUCGUCCAUUUCGCCAGCGCCUCCAGCAUAUAUGACCUCCGCUUCUUUCAAGAGCUCAGGCAAACCCGAGGUUUUGCAGCAUGGCCGGUAGCAACAAUCUCACCAGCAGAACAGAGGAUAACAGUAGAGGGGCCAACCUGCAACUUAUCACAAAUCACAGGCUGGUACUCAAGGGAUUCAAGCACUAAUGAAACCCAAAGAACCUCCACCUCCAUGGGUGCGGUAGAUACCAGCGCAAGCAACAGGAAUUCAAGCUCUGAACCUCUGAAAAUAAACAUCUCUGGAAUUGGGUUCAGAAGCUCAAUGCUAUGGAAUUCAGAAAGAUCAUUCACCAUGAGAAACUCAUCUGCAGGGGCUACUCAGGAUUUCAUCCAGAUUGUACAGCAAAUGGCCAUCGAAGGUGAAAAUAAGCUUAAGGGCAUCACCUCUGAAUGCUCUGAGUCUCGGAUAAUGUUGUGGCACCUAGACAUGCAAAGAUUUACUCUAAUACCUGAAGGACAGGAGACUCAACAGCAGCAGAGUCUAGUGGUGAGAGACGAAGAAACCCACGACAUGAGACUUUAA